AGCAUCUUUCCUCCUCCUGGAGAUACACGUUCUCAGGCUGCGCCCGCGAUUGGCUAGGCGCUCCGGCAACGUCACGCAGCGGAUGAAACGCACCAAUAGAAAUCUAGACCACGGAGUUCACACCAAACGUGGGCGGCGUGUAUUGUAGAAUCGCAACAUUCAUUGGGCUGACUGGACAUCCAUCAUUUUUAGGGGGCGGAAGUGGCCGCUUCAUCUGCUUGGUACGGAAGCCGAGUGGAAGCUGGCUGGUUUCGCGGCGGCGGGUCUCCACCCGAGAGUAUGGCGACCGGGUGUGUGUUGGUGUGAGAAGGCGACGGCGGCGGCGGCGGCGACGGCGACGGAGGAGACAUGAUAGGAAGGAUGAGAAAGAAACACAGAGCGCGGACUCACCGCAACACACACUAGGAGGAAACGCGUCGGGGGCGCGCGCUUGGAAAUAAGAAGGAAGUGUGCCCGCGGGUCUCCCGUUUUUUUUUUUCCUCCCCUUCCCUUCUUCUCCCCCCCUUCUUCUCCUUUUCUCUUCAGGAGGUUCUGCACUGGAGCGACUUGGCUUCUGCUCCUACUCCUGCUCCUGCUCCUGCUCCUGCUGCAGGCUGACGAGUGUCAGUGUGUGAGCUGCCGGGCGGUCGCACUAGAUCCGCACGUCCCGGUCUGUCUGUCGCUGAGUCUCUGUGCCCCGCGGCUGUGCCAUGAAGCCCUGCUCCGGACUGCCGCUCUUUGUGCUCCGGCUCUCCGCCUCCCAGCGCUGAUCCGAUCGUGCCUCCCUCCCUCUCGCUCGCUCGCUCGCUCCCUCCUUCCCUCCCUCUCUCCCUCCCUCGCUCGCUCUUCGCCGCCGGCCGGGGCCAUGAGACCCUAGUCCCACCCUGAUCCCCCCGCUUUCCAUGCCCGUUGCGGUCCUCUGACUUCGGGAGCGAUGCGCGAGUACAAGGUGGUGGUCCUCGGCAGCGGCGGCGUGGGCAAGUCGGCGCUCACCGUGCAGUUCGUGACGGGCACGUUCAUCGAGAAGUACGACCCCACCAUCGAGGACUUCUACCGCAAGGAGAUCGAGGUGGACUCGUCGCCCUCCGUGCUGGAGAUCCUGGACACGGCCGGCACCGAGCAGUUCGCCUCCAUGAGGGACCUCUACAUCAAGAACGGCCAGGGCUUCAUCCUGGUCUACAGCCUGGUGAACCAGCAGAGCUUCCAGGACAUCAAGCCCAUGAGGGAUCAGAUCAUCAGAGUGAAAAGGUACGAGAAGGUGCCGGUAAUCCUGGUGGGGAACAAGGUGGACCUGGAGAGCGAGCGGGAGGUGUCGUCGGGAGAGGGACAGGCGUUGGCCGAGGAGUGGGGCUGCCCCUUCAUGGAGACGUCGGCCAAGAGCAAGACCAUGGUGGACGAGCUGUUUGCCGAGAUCGUGCGUCAGAUGGACUACGCCGCCCAGCCGGACAAGGACGAGCCCUGUUGUUCCUCCUGCAAUAUACAGUAGCCGUGGGGGUCCGAGACGCCCGGGACGUCGGCGUGCGGAACCCCCGAUCGACCAGGCAGGAGAAAAAAAAGAAAGAAAGAAGAAAGCGGAACGAAACAAUACAGUGUGAAUAAUAAAUUGACGGUGGCUGUGAACUUUUUUAUACAACAUUUCCCACCUGUCCUGAGCCCUGACUUGAAAUGUUCACAGACGACAGCAAAGAGCGAAACGCUGCGACAGCGCGCACAGGGAAUGUCCCCCUCGAGCCUUUGGCACACUGUGCAGGAGCCACUCGUCGCAGCCGCGACCGUCGUCCUUUCGUGUUUAUCUGCUCUUUCGACUUGCUCCUAGUCCUAGGUUUUUUUUUUUUUUUUUUUUUUUUUGGUUCCCCUUCCAUGUGUUUCAUUGGCCCGGUUUCCGUCGUCACAGCCUGCGAGGAGGGCAAGCCGUCACCCGACCCGCCGCUUUUAAACUUUGAUGAGUCAUCGAUUUUUGUACCAGGUUUCCCUGUGCUGGGGAGGAGCAGCCAUACCUUGAGCCGAGGGGAUUUUAUUCGUCUUUCUCCCGAAAGAACCAAAGAGGUGAUGGGACAGUGCCUCCGAUUCUCUUCCCCGUUCUUGAGCUCGGGGCAACGCGGGGUUUGCCGCAACCCUCACGCCCCUUCCUUCGUCUUUACUUUGGCCGGAUGCGCGGGACAGCUCGUCGUCGAGCGCGUUCCGUAACGUUCCGUUUCAGGUAGCUGUGCUCAGCGGCAGCUCAGCAGAUGGAACGGGCGCCUGCCGCGCUCCCCCGGUGCGAGGAAGGCCGACCGCGCAGUAUCGUGACACCCCGAGCAGCAGCCUGAGUUCACGGAAGAGCUCAAGAUACACGGGCUUCUGAAAGUAUUGUUCACACACGCCACACUGCUGUUUAUGUACUCUGAAUUAUUCAGAUUGGUAGUAAUAAUAGUUAUGAUAACAAUAUUAACAGUAAUAAGAUUAAGCCUAGCUGCAUAUACAUGUAAAUAUGUUGUACGAAAGGUGCGGGAUCUUCAGACAGCACCGACUCAUCACUCCAGAGGAACUCGUGAACCAUUUGCAUGUCUAGUUAACGAAAAAGGACUCGUUCGGCCGUCGACAUGUGCAAACAACACUCUCUCUCUCGCUCUCUCGCUCUCUCACUCGUUCUCAGUCUCUCUCUUUUCCAUCCUGAAUCCGACCUCAGGAAUCGGACACUGUUUGAACUCUGCAUCCGUGUUGCAGUGGUGGGGGGGGAAGGCCUACCUUGUUACCAUUUUCAUCGUUGAUUUUAUAUUUUUUUAAUGUGACAUUUACUCUCUUACUCCCCCCUUUCCUAAAUGAAUGGUGACACUGUUUUCGUUUGGCACCUGAACAAUAAAGAUGUCUAAAACAGUCUU